CAUCACAGUACAAUAGGAUCUGCACUGACUGACUUCAUUGUGUGUCCAGGAGCUGGGAUCUCUCCUGUCCAUGCAUGGCUUCCAGAGUUUGGAGGAUUUCAGCGGCCUGAAGGAGUCCCACCUGAACGAACUGAACAUUACAGACCCUGAGCAAUGUGUGAAGAUACUGAAAGCAGCAGAAUUGCUUCAUGACUCUGAGGAUGAAUCCGAUGUAGAGGAGCAAAAGACUGAAAUGCCACGGGACUCGGGUUGUUACGAGAGCACAGAGAACCUGGCAAACGGAUGUGAGGAGCCCCAGCUGGAAUCCCAACCGGAGCCAGAGACUGAUCCGGACACAGAAACAAAGCUCAAUGCGAUUCAGGAACAACUGGAGGAGAUGAAGGUGGAGGAGAGUCCUGAGAGCCAAACAGAGUGAAACCACCAGAAUGUUCUUUUGAUCCUGCUUCUUUGAAACUCUGUCAAGAUGGAUUAAAUUCUAUGAAAAAACAUUUCAUAUGCACAGCUCAUACAGAGGCCAAUAAGUCGUCUUAGAAGAUGGCUUACAGAUCUUGAAGCUACCAUCAUCUAUUCGCUCUGAUAUUAUUGUUCAGAAAGACCUGGGCUUCAAAAUCUAACUGAAACAAAGUUGUAGGAUUUUGAAAAACAGGCUGCAUAAAGUGAUAUUCCAUGGAUUAAACCUACAGAUAUGUUUUUACGUCAUAAAAGAAGAAGAAUGCUGGAAUCCCAAAUAUUGAUUUUGCUCACAAGGAUAAGUAUGUAUGACCUAACUGUGAUUUUCUAAUAUCUGAGAAGUUUCAUCAUCAUCAUACCUUUAGCUAUGAAGUAGCAUUUUAUAUACUACUAUUCUACUGUUUCUGUCGGAAUGAAUGUACAGAGUUACACAACUGGUGCACUCAAAAAUAUAUUUUUGUCAGGCAUGAAAGAGGAAAAGCACAUUGUUCAGUUUUAUUCUUUUGCUUCUAUAGUCAACUAUUUUGGUUCCUGUUUAUGGUAAUAUUUGUUAUAAUAUUGUUUUAGUUUUCAAAGCCAUUGUUGUUUUUAUACUUGUAUUCCGU